AUGGAUAAUUUUUAUACUGAUGAUACAUCUACUACUCUUACAUCGACAACAAUGUCAUCUUCAAGUAAAGAUAUUUCACUUGACAGUCUUGAUAGUCCUCAAUCAAAAGAACAAGUAACUCCACCACCACCACCAACAACAGCAGCAGCAACAUUUUGUCGUUCUGAAACAUAUGAAAAAGUAGUUAUUAAAUCAACAUUGCCAAUUAUUAUCGAUGAUCUAGAUGAUUCAACAAGUUCAGUAUCAUCGACAUGUAAUAUGUCCGAUUACAUUGAAGAUAAUUUUAUUGAUGAAAACGAUAGUACAAGUAGUGAUGAUGAUUCAGCAUCCUAUGAAACAGCAAUAAUAAAUAGAAAACUCUUAUUAAAACCUCAAAAGCGUCUUUUAUUUCCUGGUCUAUUAAAUCGUUUAGUAUUCUUUCGUCGAGUUUUAUCGGAUUCUGAUUUACAACAGAAAAAAUUUUAUAUCAAUGAAAAUGAAAAUCAAUAUCAUGUUUACCAUUCAAAUAUAAUAAAUGAACAUUCCGUUGAAAUAAAUCUAAUGAAUACGUAUGGUUCUGACAGUGAAUUACACGUUUGGUCAAAUACUUGUGCUGAACAAAGAAAAUUUCUUAAUGAACGACAACAAUCAUUGACAAGUCCUAGCGAAGAAAAUUAUAUUCAUCAUGAAAAUUAUAAUCAGCAAUUAGCAAUCGAACGUCAAAUUCUACUUCAACAGAUCUAUGAAUAUCCGUGGUUAUUACAAGAAAAUGAUCUGGAUCGAACGACGACUUUAUUUUCAUCAACACAUAACGAACAAACAUUAGGAUCGCCAUCAUCUGAUCUGAUUGUUCCAACACAUAAUCCAGAUUUUUAUCAACUAUGUGCAUUAACAAAUAGUAGUUCAUUUGUUAUAUCAUAUGAUCCUAAUGGAAAACAAACGACUUCUUCUUCCUCUUCUACAGCGCGAUCUGUUUUUUAA